CCACCAUUUGGGUAAAAAUAAAUUAAUAUAAUAUGUAUAAAUGAAAUUUUGAGUAGUAAAUAGGAAACUGUAAGAUGGUUGCCCCCUCAGAGGGAAACUGAGUGCUUUAGGCGGGAUGGUGUGGCAGAUACUGUAAGGUAGACACUCAAUAAUUGUUCAGCAACCCUACCUAUUCGUUAAUGUCAACAGAAUCCUUAUUUUUUUGAGUCACAAUGGGUCUUCAUCCCAGAGAUGAAAGAUGGUUGGUGUAAGCUAAUCUUGAUAAUCCUAUUUUCAUUCCCACAUACUUAAUUUUUCAGUGUUUCUUGCAACUAGAAGUGGAAAUGUGAAAUUUAUCACAUGAGAAAUUUAUCAUUGUCAUUUAUAGUGGCCAUCGGAAAAGAUAAUGAAAUAAAAAUUUCGAUUCUUAUAUAUUCCAAUGUCAGUAAAUAUAAGCACUAAUGAAUGCUGACUUGAAUGCUCAGGGUUUUCUUGAAACUUCUAAGUUCUAUGAUAAAUAAUUGACCACUGUGACAACAGAACAUAAGUCAUUAAAGUGCAUUCCAUUACAGUAAGUUGGCAGGAGUUCAAACAGUUCUCCGUAAAUUUGUUCGACUGGGUAGAUUAAAUGGCAAUAUACUUUCUAUAAUGAAACUUGUUGAAAUGAGAGGGAAUCAGCUAUUUACAAUCAUGGCAUAACUACCUAGUAUAUUACUGGAAACUUCAGAAGAAAAUGAGGGAGUGUCAGAAAGAAACCGAAGAGGUUGGUGACUGAAAAGGAUGAUUGAACACCAAAAUCUGCAGUUGAUUAGGAUGCAGUCGUGGAAAGGAAGCAUAUAUAUAAAUAAGAGGGCCUUUCUAUAUAGAGCCCACAAACAUCGUGAAUGUGAAUCAUGUCAUUCAGAGGGUUAGUGACCAUGCCUCCGCCAUGAACAAGAGAAUUCAUUACUACAGCCGGCUCACCACUCCUGCAGACAAGGCACUGAUUGCCCCAGACCAUGUAGUUCCAGGUCCAGAAGAGUGCUAUGUGUAUAGCCCAUUGGGCUCUGCUUAUAAACUUCAAAGUUACACUGAAGGAUACGGUAAAAACACCAGUUUAGUAACCAUUUUUAUGAUUUGGAAUACCAUGAUGGGAACAUCUAUACUAAGCAUUCCUUGGGGCAUAAAACAGGCUGGAUUUACUACUGGAAUGUGUGUCAUCAUACUGAUGGGCCUUUUAACACUUUAUUGCUGCUACCGAGUAGUGAAAUCACGGACUAUGAUAUCUUCGUUGGAUACCACUACCUGGGAAUAUCCAGAUGUCUGCAGACAUUAUUUCGGCUCCUUUGGGCAGUGGUCGAGUCUCCUUUUCUCCUUGGUGUCUCUCAUUGGAGCAAUGAUAGUUUAUUGGGUGCUUAUGUCAAAUUUUCUUUUUAAUACUGGAAAGUUUAUUUUUAAUUUUAUUCAUCACAUUAAUGACACAGACACUAUACUGAGUACCAAUAAUAGCAACCCUGUGAUUUGUCCAAGUGCCGGGAGUGGAGGCCAUCCUGACAACAGCUCUAUGAUUUUCUAUGCCAAUGACACAGGAGCCCAACAGUUUGAAAAGUGGUGGGAUAAGUCCAGGACAGUGCCCUUUUAUCUUGUAGGGCUCCUCCUUCCACUGCUCAAUUUCAAAUCUCCUUCAUUUUUUUCAAAAUUUAAUAUCCUAGGCACAGUAUCUGUCCUUUAUUUGAUUUUCCUUGUCACCUUUAAGGCUGUUCGCUUGGGAUUUCAUUUGGAAUUUCAUUGGUUUAUACCAACAGAAUUUUUUGUACCAGAGAUAAGAUUUCAGUUUCCACAGCUGACUGGAGUGCUUACCCUUGCUUUUUUUAUUCAUAAUUGUAUCAUCACACUCUUGAAGAACAACAAGAAACAAGAAAACAAUGUGAGGGACCUGUGCAUUGCUUAUAUGCUAGUGACGUUAACUUAUCUCUAUAUUGGAGUCCUGGUUUUUGCUUCAUUUCCUUCACCACCAUUAUCCAAAGAUUGUAUUGAGCAGAAUUUUUUAGACAACUUCCCUAGCAGUGACACCCUGUCCUUCAUUGCAAGGAUAUUCCUGCUGUUCCAGAUGAUGACUGUAUACCCACUCUUAGGCUACCUGGCUCGUGUCCAGCUUUUGGGCCAUAUCUUCGGUGACAUUUAUCCUAGCAUUUUCCACGUGCUGAUUCUUAAUCUAAUUAUUGUGGGAGCUGGAGUGAUCAUGGCCUGUUUCUACCCAAACAUAGGAGGGAUCAUAAGAUAUUCAGGAGCAGCGUGUGGCCUGGCCUUUGUAUUCAUAUACCCAUCUCUCAUCUAUAUAAUAUCCCUCCACCAAGAAGAGCGUCUGACAUGGCCUAAAUUAGUCUUUCACGUUUUCAUCAUCAUUUUAGGUGUGGCUAACCUGAUUGUUCAGUUUUUUAUGUGAAAUACCUCAACUGUUUUUUCAAGAGCUCUCAUGAUAUUUUGAGCCUUGACAACAGUUCUAUAUAAAUUCACUUGUAAAUGCUGCUGUUGUGUAAUUCUAAAUAUUUUCUAAGAUAAUUUGAAAGCAAGGGAAAUAGUGGCCCCUUAAUAAGUAUGUUUUUAUUGGGGUGGGGAAAGGGGCAAAAAGAAUGAUCUUAUUGUCUUUACCUUUCUCAUAUUAACUCACCUCUUUAUUCUGUGGUCUUUUCUGAAUAGAAAUGUAUGCCCUAGGAAGAAAUCAUGCUGGGUUUUGCUUUUAGAGAUAAAAGGUGGUGGAUUUAUUUUGCCUGCAGUAAAAAUUCUCAGGGUGUCAGAGCAGCAUAUUGCCAAAUCCUGCUUCUGUUUUAUGUUUCAGUGUAUUCACUUUCAUUUUCUUACUUACUAGACCAUUUCUGCAGUUUGCCCAAACCUCUACUGUUUGGGACAGUAAACCAAAUACCUCAUUUUUAAAAAGAAGUUUUCAUGGCAUCAGUGUUAAUAAAGUACAUUUUUAGCUGA